GUCCCGUGGUUCGUGUUUGUUUGUGCGGUGCGUGCUCGAUUCGCGAAGUAAUAUUUUAUCACUUUUUGGGUGACGGUGGUUAUAAGAAAAUUUGCAAAUUCAAAAAAGAAAAAGUGUCUUCCAAUCAAAUUUAGUUCACGGUGGAUAGAAGGUGCUUUGGUGAAUAGAAGCCAUCAUCAUCGGUCGAUGCUUUUCUUGAGCGAGUGCGAGUAUCAGAUGGUGUUGUUGUGACUGUGAGUCGUCAUCAAAUUAUUAUUCCAUCGGCAAGAGAGAACUGAGUGCGGUCGCGUGUUUUGUUUCUUCUGAGCUUCGGUCGGUUGACGGUCUUUUCUUUUUGAGUGCGGGAAAUCGCAACGCAUACGACGCACGCUGACGACGUUCGAGUAAAGACGAAUCGAAUCGAUAGGAGUGUUGUGGUGGUUGUAUAAUUUGCAGCCGUUCGUUCCGUUCACAACAGUGCAUAGUGCCAUCGCUAGUGUGUGGCUGGUGUCCUUCAAGGAAAACGAAAAGAAAAUUUCUCUGAAAAUACCAAGUUAAGCUGCUGACCUAGCAGAAAAUUCUGUACAUUGUGAAUUUGGUGCCGUUCUUUGUCUGAAUUUGGCUGUUGUUUCGAAUAGAGGGCGAUAUUUGGAUAACCCUUAUCAGCGACGACUAGCAUUCAGUGAAUAAACAGUUAAAAGGUGUGUACAUAAGGGGAUUCGUUUCGAAGAUUAUUGUGCAUCGUGUGAGUGAAUGUUGUGCUGUGCUGGCUGAUAAAAAUAUACACCUUUCGCGUCGUUCACGUCUAGGUACAAAGUGGGAUUGAAAACAUAACACACUUGUUGUCAGUUGGAAACGAUAAUAUAUACAAAAACGGAAGAAGAGUAUCGCUAUUUUGUUUGAAAAAAAAAGAUCAAAACAAAUCCCUGGAGCCUGAGCGGCUAUAGCAAUCAUCAUCGGAGAAAAUAUGUCAACAACAACGCGAAGGAGAAAAUCAAUAUCCACCCCACCGGGUUCGAGGCGUUUACCAGCCCGCUGUAACCAGUGGAUGAUGAUCGUGGCCGUGGCGGUACUGAUGCUGCUGGCAUAUCCCGUUGGCUCGUCAGCAAACAGCUUGACCCUAACCGGAGACAACUGCAUCGUAAGGGAGCCCCUGUACAACAUAACCUUCAACCUAACCGCGUUGGAUUCCGAACUGGCGCACCAUGUCAAGUCGGACAUCAACGAGCAGUUCCUGUUCGAUGUAUGUGAUCAGCUAAAUUUCCCAUGCAACAACAUCACCGGUGGAGCGGCAUGUCUCAACCGGAACGACAAAUCGCAAGUUCUGCUGGGAAUGCGUUCGACCCUCCAGCUGACGGACGGUCGAAUCCAUUUCAAUUUCACCGGUGGAGAGCCCUGUCGCAAUGGGAUGAACUAUACGUUGGAUAUCAUACUGAUGUGCAGCUACUCGGUGGUCAAGGAACCGUUGAGUGUUAUACCGUAUUCAACGGACCAGUGCAAUUACUUCAUAUUCUGGACGACCAGUUUGGCCUGUGCUCCGCUGCCGGAUCGAGUUAAAGCCAAUGAAUGCGCCGUCAAAGAUGCCACUGGCCAUACGUUCAAUCUGCUGCCACUGAGUCACACCAACAACCACGUCGCCGAUCGCAAUGGAUCGUACUUUUCCGUUACGGCUUGCAAGCCGGUUCAAUACGGCCACAUGACUAUGUGUCCACCGGGAAGUAGCGUUUGCUUCGUGAACAACUCGGAAUCCGACUAUAGGAAGCGUUAUCACGACUAUGGCCAAACGGAUCCAAAUCCGACGAUGGAAGGCGAUAAACUGGUGAUGCAUUUGAAUUCCAGUGAGGGAAGCUGUCAGAAUUCGAAGAUCAUUUUUGAAUGUGACCCGGACGCUACGGAAGAGACUCCGGAGUAUGUCGCUAAGGAGGGUUGCGUUCAUGUGUUUCUCUGGCGGACGUCACUAGCAUGUAAGAAGAAGGAAUUUUGCGCUGUGGUGGACCCGAACAGCGGACUGACGUUCAACAUGAGCUCGUUGGCAAACCGAGUCUAUUCUGUAAAGGAAGCGAACAUGUCGUAUGAGUUUGGAAUCUGCAAGAUGGCCAAUAGCCAGUGCCCUGAUACGUCCGGAGCAUGUCAGCUGACCAACAAUAAUUUGCAAGCCGUCAGUUUGGGUAUCGUCAACGAUGACCUGUUGUACAACAUUACCGGAGCUCCGUAUCUGCUAUAUCAAUCGGGUUCCAUUUGCAAUCAAAAUCAAAAAUGGACCACAAAAAUCGAAUUCAUCUGCGAAACUGAUAAGGGAGACAAGUCUCAACCCAAGUUGGUGGAAAACAACAAUUGUGAGGUGAUCAUUCAGAUGGAAACGGAACUUGCCUGUAGCAAAGGAAUUUCCUGCGUCGCUAUGAACAAUGAAAAUGACAUAACAGUCGAUCUGAGUGCGCUGAUCAACGCCGAAUCCAAUUACGAAGCACUGGUCAACGAUUCCCUCGCGAUAUCGAAGGCUAGGAAAUUCUAUCUGAACGUCUGUCGUCCGUUACUUUCGACUUAUGGACUGGGGUGCCCCGGAGGAUCGGCCGCUUGCAUGGCUGUCAAGACGCCUAAUGAUACCACUCCGAAGGAAGAACUAUCGCUCGGUUAUCCGGACGUUUCGUUGACCAUGGUUGGUGACCGCGUCCAGCUGAGGUACCUUCGGGGAAGUGAUUGUCCCGACGACAAUGCUACGCAACUUUCGACUGAGGUUGAGUUCUACUGCCAACCGAAAGCCGGGCGAGGUGUACCGAUUCUGCAGGAGGUAAUGCACGAGUGCCACUACCGGUUCGAGUGGGCAACGAAUGUGAUGUGUCCACGGUUUGGAGCGGAGUUCCGCCAGAAAAGUUGCGAGAUCCUGAGCAACGAGACGGGAUCUAGUGUUGAUUUGAAGAAGAUUUUCGCCAGCGGGGAGCUAGUGGUGAAUGCCAGUAAAGACAGUGGGUCGCAGGAGUUGCGGGAUGGGAAGGUGCAGAUUUGUACUAAAAAUUUGACGGUGGUAUCGAACUAUCGGGAGCAAGCGGUAACGAUGUUCUUUACCGUUGGCGAUUCGAGCUGCAAGGAAACGGGAGGAAAUAUCAACGUCAAUCUGCGGGUCAAAUGCGGAAGUCUACUAAGCUUCAACAUUUAUCAGCAAAGCCACUGUCGCCUGUUACUGACGCAAGUGACGCCGGAGAUUUGUGCGUUUGUAGGUGCGACGGUAACGGACGAGGAUCAUCCGACAAGCGCUGGUACUACGACGCCCCCUCCAAGUCCCGCAGGGACCACCACUAAAGCAUCUAGUACAACUGUGGGUACUACUACUACUACUGCUGCUACUACUACUACCACUACUAGUACGGAGAAGCCUACCAACGAUGGUGGUCAGGAUCAUCAUGAAGUGCCAAGUGACAAGGAUGGCAACACUGGCGGUGGUGGUACAGUUGGUAUCAUCUUGGCCGUGCUGACGUUGAUUUCGCUGGCCGGAGCCGGUGGUUUUAUGCUGUUACGAAACCCGGAACGGCGCGACCAGCUGCGGUUGCUCUUCCGAAGGCGGAACGUACUGGUGUCGUAUUCAAGGGUCCGCUCCAACGAUGAGGGAAACCUGUUGAUGAACCCAACCGGAACGCUCUCCGAAAGUGACGAUGAAAUGUUGAUUUAGAACCACUACAUUUUACUACCUAAAUCCAAGAAACUUUUACACACACACACCCAUACCUACAUUUUACAUGUUCAAGCCUUAAAAAGAAUUUGUGGAGCCACAAUAAUUGUUUACUCAACGAACGUUAGAGCAGAAAAAGAAAACAAUGAACAACGGAGUGAUGAAGGAAGCAACCCAAAUCGAAGAAAGGUGCCGGAAUGGAGUCCGCAGUGAUCAAUUAGUCAAAUUAACUUAAUCAAAUGAUUUCAGUUUUUUUUUCCUAGAUUUAAUUUUUCAUUUUAGGAUUAGGUUAGGAUUUUUAGAAGUUCUUCCGAGCCCGGCUCAAUUUGUGUUACUUAAAAAUAGAGAGGAAAUCAAGUGAGGGCGGUUUUCGUUCCCAAAUGAGUAGCUUUUGUACUGAAUUAGUAAUGUUAAGGGUAAUUUUUUCGAGUGAAAUCAGGAAAGUCUUCUAGGAAAACGGGAUGCAUACGGUACUUGAAAAGCUGUGUAGGAAAUUUGAUAGGAAACAAAGAAGAAAGUCAACUAUUUUACAACAUACGCUUUAAUCUUCUAGAGGAAAAAAAAAGACAAUGUAAACAGAAAGAGAUAAUAAUCUAUUUAAUAGUCUAGAAAA